UCAGUAGAUAAGAGUAUUAGUACUAGUUUUGAAUUGAAACUAAAAGAGUUUGAGUAUGGAGAUAAAGAUAGAAUAAUUACUAUUACGAAAGAAAACACAAAAGAAAAAUCAGUUGAAAUUACUAUUGAAACUAUGAAAGUGAAAUCAACUUUACUUUCAAUAAUUAAUAAUGGAAAUCAAUAUUCUCUUAAAUUAACUAAUUUUAACAUUGAUUCAUCAUUUCAUCCAGAUGUUUCAGCACUAUUACUUGAUGGAUUAACUAAUCAUAUUACAUUUACUGAUAAUAAUAAUAAUAUUGUUUCAUGUGAUGGAAAUAUGUUAUUUACUUCAAAAUUAAGUGACGAAGAAAGUAAAACAAUAUGUUUAUUAUAUCAUGACUAUUAUUCUAUAUGUACAGAUAAAGAAGAUGAAUGUAAUUCUAAAAAGUUACCAACAAAGAUUAUCAUUACUAAUUCAAAUAACAAUUCAAAUAAAUUGAAACUUGGUUAUGAACAUGAAUUGAUAGAAUGCAAAACAUCUGAUUGUUAUAUUGAAUUAGAAACAGACUCAAGUGUAACAUCUGAAACAAUCAAUUAUGCUAUUAAAUCAACAUAUGAAGGAGGAUCUACUAUUCAUCUUACUGGACAAACAAAAAAUCUUAUUCUUAAUGUUGAUAAUGUUAAAAUUGAGAAUAUAGCUAAAGACAAUAAUAAAGACAAAACACUUACAGUAUAUGGUAAUUGUAAUGGAAUUGAUACGGAUACACCAGUUAUUUUAAAUUCAAUGAUUAUUUCAGGAGAUAUUAAAGCAAAAACACUUACUACAAGUGGGGAUCUAACAGUUACUGGAAAUAGUAUUAUCAUUUCAGAAUUAACAACAUUUGGAACAGGUAAGAUUAGUUGUAGUAGUGUUGAUUUUACAACAAAUACAAUUUCAUUUACAAGUGGAAAUGAAUUUAUAUUUAAGUCAUUUAAAGUAACAUUAAUUGAUAAUAAAAACACAAUUCCUGAACAUUUCUUAAAUUAUAAUAAAGAAUGUAAAUUUGAAGGUAGUAAAGUUAUUCCUAU